AUGAACCCCUCCCAAUCCCACAUGAACCCUUACUACUUAACCACCGAUGCCCUCAACUACAGCUUCAACGGCUACUCGAGUGGCAGUGGCACCUCGUCUCCAGCAGGCAUGAACCCCGCCUUGGCACAGUCCAAGCCUGCCGUCCCAGCGCCAGCGCCAGCGCCGGCGCCAUUGACUGGACCCCUUGUCUCGCCGCACCAGGACCUGAACGAUUUCUUGGAGAGUUUCUGGACGCGUCAGAUGGACGGCGUCGAGCGCGAGACGCCAGACUUUAAGACGUACAACCUUCCCCUGGCGCGGAUCAAGAAGGUCAUGAAGAGCGACGAGGAGGUCAAGAUGAUUAGUGCUGAGGCCCCGAUAAUGUUCUCCAAGGCUUGCGAGAUCUUCAUCUCCGAGCUUACGUGCCGCGCGUGGCUCGUCGCCGAGGGUCACAAGCGGCGCACGCUACAAAAGUCGGACGUGGCAUCAGCCAUUGCCUUUUCUGACGUCUUCGAUUUCCUCAUCGACAUUGUGCCGCGUGACGACGGGACCGAACAUGCCGUUCCCGCGGCCGCGGCGAGUAACCAUGCCGAACCUGAGCCACAGGCGCCCGAACCUGAGUGGCCGCGCCACGAGGACGAACACGAGGGCGACGCGCUGUACUCCGAGUACGUGCAGGGUGAGGGCGAGGGAUUCGCAUAG